GUAGUGUCUGGCGCUGUAGUGGGGAAGGGUGAUGGGAACACCCGGCUCGCGGAGUCCGCCCGCCCUGCCCCGCCCCGGAGCCAAUGCAAAACACUAUACACUACACAGGCUGUUGUGGGCCCAGUACCAGAUAUAACCGGUUGGGGAGCGGUGUGGCCCGCCUCGGGUCACUCGAGGUCGUGAUUUAUGGUGGGGCCACCGGGCGGCGCUGGUAGCUGAUCGGAGUGCGCAGGCGGCCGCGUCAGUGUCGAUUUGACGUCGGAGGUGAUCGGUCGAGGGGUGCGCUCAGUGGUAGUGUGUCGUCUCCCGACAUCGGAGAUUCAGACUGAUAAUGAAGGGGGCCUUCUUAACUUCAAGAGUGGUGAGGAAAGGCCUGCAGGCAUCUACACUGCAGGCCCGGCAGAGGAGCUCGCUGCCGGAGCAGGCUCACCAGACUGCCAGUCUGGUGCAGGGGGAGCCCAACUAUCCAGUGGUGGCCACCGCCAUCCCUGGUCCAAAGAGUCAGGAGUUGAUGAAGGAUCUCAAUGAUAUACAGGCGGUGGGCAGUGUGCAGUUUUUCGUCGACUACGCCCGCUCGCUGGGUAACUACGUGGCUGACGUGGACGGGAACAUUCUGCUGGACGUAUACACUCAGAUCGCCUCGCUGCCGCUGGGAUACAACCACCCGCGCCUGCUGCGGGCCGCCCACAGCCCCGAGAUGACGCUGGCGUCCGUCAAUCGGCCCGCCCUGGGCUCGUUCCCCGACGCCCGCUGGCCACAGAAACUGCGCUCAGCCCUAAUGUCGGUGGCUCCCGAGGGAAUGACAAACGUACAGACCAUGGCCUGCGGCUCCUGCAGCAACGAGAACGCCUACAAGGCUAUGUUCAUCGUAUACAGGAACCGCCAGCGCGGCUCCGAGGACCUGCCUCCAAUCGAGGACCAGCAGUCGUGUAUGCUGAACCGCGCGCCCGGCAGUCCUUCCCUCACCGUCCUGUCGUUCGAGCACGCGUUCCACGGCCGCACUCUGGGCUCGCUGACCACCACGCGCUCCAAACCGAUCCACAAAGUGGACAUCCCGGCGCUGGACUGGCCGGUGGCACCGUUCCCCAUGUAUAAGUACCCGCUGGACCAGUUCGUCGCGGAGAACAGCGCUGAGGAUGAACGCUGCCUGCAGAGGGCCGAGGAGGCGAUCGAGGAGUACAACCGGGCCGGAAAGUGGGUGGCCGGAAUGGUCAUCGAGCCGAUCCAGGCUGAGGGUGGAGACAACCACGCCUCGCCGGAGUUCUUCCAGGGGCUGCAGAAGAUCGCACGCAAGCACCAGAUGGCGUUUAUGAUUGACGAGGUUCAGACUGGCUGCGGUGUGACCGGGAAGAUGUGGGCCCACCAGUGGUUCGGACUGGACGGACCGCCAGAUAUUGUCUCCUUCAGUAAGAAGAUGCUCACUGGUGGAUACUACCACACGGAUAAAUACAGGCCGAACGCUCCGUACCGCAUCUACAACACGUGGAUGGGAGACCCGGCCAAGGUCCUUCAGCUGGAGGAGGUCAUCAGUGUCAUGAAGGAUGACAAGCUCAUCGAGAACGCUGCUGAUGUGGGCGCUCAUCUGAUGACCGGUCUGAACGGUAUCGCUGAGCGUCGUCCGGGUCUUCUGAGCCGUAUCAGAGGCCUGGGCACCUUUGUGGCGUUCGACCUGCCAUCUGGUGGGCAGCGCGACAAACUGAUGGCUGUGCUGCGCUCCAAGGGCGUGGUCUCUGGCGGCUGCGGGGACGCCUCGAUUCGCCUGCGUCCCUCGCUGGUGUUCCAGCGUCAACACGCCGACAUCUACCUCGGAGCGCUCGAGUCGGCACUGGCCGAACUGGGCGGGGACUAAAUCUGCCCCAGAGGCAGCCUCGGCGACCUUUGGCAGACUGGGCGUCGACGAGGAGCAUCCCGUGAGAGUCUUGGAUGCACUGAAGCAGCGCCGGAUUUGUGGAUUCUAUGUCGGGCUUCUAAAUGGCAUCAAGAAGGCUCAACCAUCCUUUUGAAACACCAUUUCAAGAACGGAGAACUAGACCUUGGCAGACCUUAGAUGGUCUUUGAGAAGAUAUGUGGAUUUGAGGCGCUUUUGAUAGUUGGCGUCAUGCUUUGAGGCUGUCUGAGAGAUCUCCAGAUGGCGCUGUGGUGGUUGUUGCGCUCAAAUGGGGAGCGUUGGACCCCUGGCAGCCAUGCGUCAACUGCUGCUGGUCGGUGGAAGAUUGGCUGAGGAAUACUGAGGCAGGCUUGGUUUUGGGUGGGUUACGGUGGGCUUUGGUGGCGUGGAUUUGAUGGACAAAGGACGGAGAAGUGACUGAAAUUCUUUCUAGGUGCCAGAUCAUCUGGUAAGGCUAUCUUUAUGUCGCAGUGCUCGGUUGUUCCGCGCUGAAGGUACGUUAUUUCCGACUUGCGUGCAACGCUCGAUUGGAGGGCGUUUCAUGGAUGGGAUAUUCUCAUCCAGUGAUCGCUGAAUUUAGCGUUACGAACAUUACUUACUAUAAGUCGCGUGGUGUAGAUGCUAGGUUCCCUGAACCGAAGUAGCUAAAAGCUCGUAGAUUUGACAAUCGAUUUGUCGUUUUGCACUUCUCUACAGAGCUUUUGUCAUGAAACUGUUUGUGAUUUUCGUGCAAUGACUGGCUUCGUAUCUGAUACUGGUGCAGUUUGGGGUUUGGAAAAUGGUGAAGUUUUGCGCGAAAAUAUGCAGUUUUUGUCUUGUGCGUUAACGUUGCCAUCGUAAGCUUUUGUAAUGAAUAGCUUUGUGCAAACAUUGAAGAAUUGUUGCCUUUGCUUUGCAUAUUAUAUAUGAUCGCGCUUGAUUCGUUCAUACGUAUUUUUAUACAAAUGCAAUAGUGAAGCAUAUUGUUUGCCGUUUUUUCGUCGCAGACCACUUGGGAAACAGUGGUGCUUAUUGGAUAGAACGCGGAUGAAUGAUAUUGCAUACGUUCUAAUAGGUUGAAAAUUUGAUGUUACUUCGGUGCAAUAUGCUGCCAGUAAUUGGCCAGGUUAUGAUAUUUGACUAGUUGCCUUGGUGAGUUGAAUUGUAAUACCUUAAUAACUGACCACAUUAUCACCAUAUUGGGCUCAAUUUUGUCAACCCCUCCGUGCUAUCUGCGCUUCUGCGUGCUAUCUGCGCAUACAGAAUACCACUCUCGCGGUGUUCUCACAUUGGAGAUAUGCUAUUGCAUUCGUCUUCCGACUGUCUUCCAUUGUCGGUCGAUGGCUGGACCCGACCUGACCUGAGCUGAUAAUUGUCCGCGCUCUAGCUUGUAAGAAUAUGCGACGCGGUAUUUCUCGUAGCUUCGAUCCGAUGUAAAGGCUGUCGCCUCGCACAUAGUCUCUUCUAAAUGUGUCGGCCAAUACGCUAGGGCGUUACAGUGGUCUCUUCUCGCAUAGUUCAUCGUUGUUCCCUUACUGUUGCAAGUCAUGCUGGUCAGACUGCUCAGCGGCUACCAUCCCAUGGGUGCAGAGCAGGCUGUCUAAUAUAUGGAUGCCGACAUGUCUGCGCAGGUUAGCAUUGUCCGUGUUCUCAAGCUACUUGUCAAUGCUAGUGGCUACUUGAAAUAUGCUCUAUCUUCUUUGAUGUUGGUCGGUACGAUUUCACUAUCUUCGCAGGAUCGCGUCUCGAAAAGCUCUUAAUGUACCCUUUAUAUACCCUGUGGUUGAAGUCUGGUGUCAGUAGAUAAUUCUCCCGUGGUUCUUAGUGAACCCGAUAUGUGACCCUAUAUGCGCUAAUGUAGAGCUCAUGGCAAACUUAUCUGUGCCAAUAAUACAGCUGAAAAAUGUGAUGGCAUUAUUAUAACGGUUUAUUGAUCAUUUCACCCCGUACGUCUUUGAAGUUUAAAACUAAUCUAUGAAUGAGCAGUCUCUUCGUCCUAACUUGAGUGUCUUCGUCCAAUUUUCUUAUUGACCAGCAUCAUGUGGUCUUGGAAGCGAAUAGUAUUGACCAGUCAAUGAAGUGUCAGUCAUGGAUGGGGGAUCUAUUUCUACGAUAGAUAUUUCCAUUCUAUUCCUGUCUCUGUUCGCGUAAACAUUCCUCAGAACCGGAAAUAAAUGGUGACUUGAACUCCCAGCCGGAGCAAA